AUGCCGCCGCCAGUGAUGGUGAAACGAAAGGAGAGCAUCUCGAUGAUGCGGCGUUUCAGCCGGCAAAUCUCAGAUGACGAGCCAGAGAUCACAGCCAUGAGAUUAGGCUCGCGAAAGGCUGUGACAGCUACGGACUUCGAGAUCCGUACUCGCAGCGAGUCUCGAGAUUCGCGGAUCUCCUCGAAAGCUCCUCCGGCGGACCUCGCGGCACGCCGGCCAUCUCUGACCAAAGAUCUGGAUCAGCUCAUGGAGAAUCUGAAAAAAGAUCCGACAGAGGAAGGCUUCUCGCAAUCGGAAGUUUCGCGGCUCUACUCUGGUUUCAGGCGUUUCAUGAUGCCAGGGAGUAUUGACGUCCACAAAGAUGACGUGUUCGAGCUGCUGACAUUUCUGGGUUGCAUCUUCCUGAAUGCGACAGAGGUGCGAACUCUGAUGGAUGCCUGGUAUCAUUGGGGCCUAAGAAUGGCCUAUAAAGUAGGGGGGGGGGGGGGGGGGGGGNNAGGGGGCGGGGCGGUGGUGUCAACCCCGCAUAGCCUGUACUGGAUGGCACGCUGA